GGCCUGCGGGGGCUGGAGCCCGGACCGCGCCGCGGGGACCGCGGGCCCACGUGGACCCGGGCGGCGGCGGGAGCGGAGCCGGUGCCCCGCGCGGGGGAGGGGGCGCCGCCACCGGUUCCCCUUUCUGCAGCUCGGAGCCCGGGGAAGUGGUUGCUCAAGGGGGGGCCGGAAGAGCCCCGGUUUCCGCGCCUCCCGCCCCCGGCCCGGUGGGGAGGGCCCGGCGGGACGCCCUGCGCGCCCCCGCCCCGCGCCUGGCAGCCGCUCGCUCCGGGCCGGCCGGGCUGACCCGGGCUCCCGCCGCCUCCAGACCCCCGCAGGGCCCCCCGCCCGCGGACCCGGGUCGCUGCAGCGCGCCCUUCGGCAGCGGGUGGGGCCCCGCGGGAACCCGGCCCUCCCGCCCGCGCCUCGCCCCUGGGCCGAUGACCCCCAGGCUGUGGUGAGGGUCCCGGAGCCAGCACCACGGAGCCCGGGCGACCUCCUCCACCCACCCAUGCCCACCCCGCAUGAGGCUGAGAAGCAGCACACAGGGCCAGAGGAGGCAGGCCGGCCCCCCUCGAUGUCCAGUCAUGACGCGGCCCCCCCGGCUGCCCCCAGCCGCAACCCCUGCUGCUUGUGCUGGUGUUGCUGUUGCAGCUGCUCCUGGAACGAGGAGCGGCGGCGCGCGUGGCGAGCCUCCCGGGACAACAAGCUGCAGCCCCUGCCCAGCUGUGAGGCGUGCGCCACGCCAAGCCCCGAGGAGGUGCGGAGCUGGGCGCAGUCGUUCGACAAGCUGAUGCACAGCCCGGCGGGCCGCGGCGUGUUCCGGGAGUUCCUGCGCACGGAGUACAGCGAGGAGAACAUGCUCUUCUGGCUGGCGUGCGAGGAGCUCAAGGCCGAGGCCAACCAGCACGUGGUGGACGAGAAGGCCAGGCUCAUCUACGAGGACUACGUGUCCAUCCUGUCCCCCAAGGAGGUGAGCCUGGACUCCCGGGUGCGGGAAGGCAUCAACAAGAAGAUGCAGGAGCCGUCCGCGCACACCUUCGACGACGCGCAGCUGCAGAUCUACACGCUCAUGCACCGGGACUCCUACCCCCGUUUCCUCAGCUCCCCCACCUACCGCGCCCUGCUGCUCCGGGGGAGCUCCCAGUCCUCCCACGAGGCCUAGGCCGCCCGGCACAGCAGCACCGACACGGACCCCGGCGGGGGGCAAAGACUCGGUGACCCGCACCAGUGUGUGUGUCAGCAGGCGUCCGGCACGCCCAUGGGCGCAGCACCCCUGGGGGCAGCCCCGGAUGGGAGCCCCCGAGGUCCCGCCGAGGGGCAGGUGUGAGGGCCUCCGGGACGCUGGCUGGCCGAGGGCUCCUGCCGGGGCUCCUGUGCGGGGGCAGCGGUCACGGAUCCAGAAGCCUCCCCAGGCAGCCGGGGACCUUGACAGACGCCUUAGAUGGGAAGCAGAGCCUCUGUACUGUCGAGCUGUGACGCAAGGACACCCUCCAACUCAUGCUGUCUGCACUCAGAUCAGACCCAGAACCUCAGAACUAGGCUCAAGGCAACAGGAGCCAGUUUCUUUUUUAUAUUUUCAUUAAUUUUAAACCUGGAAACAUGUCCUUACUGUAUUUUAUCAAAAAAAGAAAAAGAUGUUUUCAUAUUUA